ACGUUUCGUAGACACCUCUAGGCUGUCCAUCUUUCUUCCGAGAGGCGGACAUCCUUUGAAUUCCACACUCGGUUUCCCGUUGAUAUCAAGAAUCCAAUAGUCACAAGAUAUCAUUAGGUUCUCGACACAUGAUCAUGAAUCCACUAUAGGUCCUUCCCUUCGGCGAAACUCCAACCCCCAUUAGGUUUCACGUAAGAACAGAAUUCUUGAAAUCCCUGGCCGCUGAACAAGAGGAAAAUACGUCUGUUACGUAUCGUCGCUCCUAGAAUCGUUGCAGCAACAUUAUGCCGGAAAACCCACAUCCCAAGCUUGGUGUUGUAUCACUGAAGAGAAGUUAGUUGCAAUCUUGCUUUUACUCUGUGAACACGGACAUUUUAAUUGCUGUGUAGUGUUCGACGUUCAGUUAAACCGGUUUCGGUAAAAAUGCCCGAAGUUCAAGCCAUCCAGAUUCCAGUGGAUAACUUCGUACAAAGGCCUAACGUUCAGUUCGUCCAAGUUCCAGCGGAUGGCUUCAGGUACAACCGCGACGACCGCUACUGCACGACGCGGGUGGUCGUGAAGCUGUUCAUCCUGGGCGUCCUCCUCCUCGCCGUCGCGCUCGCCGCCUUCCUGUCGUUCACCCAGUGUCACGAGUACACCUGCCGCUUCCAGGCCAGGACGGCGUCCAGCAUCGGCGUCGCUGCUAUUUCGGCUGGAGUGUUGUUUCUGGUGACGGGAAGUGUGCCCUUGUGCCUCUUUUGCUGUAAACAACAAGCAUAUCCACAUCAGGUAGGCCUGCAGCAUACUCAGCCAGGAGUAUAUCUACAACCAACUCAGCCAGGAGUUUCUCCCCAAUCUACUCAGCCAGGUGUUUCUCCCCAACCCAAUCAGCCAGGAGUUUCUCCCCAGCCCACUCAGCCAAGUGAUUCUCCCCAACCUACUCAGCCAGGUGUUUCUCCCCAACCUACUCAGCCAGGUGUUUCUCCCCAACCUACUCAGCCAGGAGUUUCUCCCCAGCCCACUCAGCCAGGUGUUUCUCCCCAAUCUACUCAGCCAGGAGUUUCUCCCCAACCUACUCAGCCAGGUGUUUCUCCCCAAUCUACUCAGCCAGGAGUUUUUCCCCAACCUACUCAGCCAGGUGUUUCUCCCCAGCCCACUCAGCCAGGUGUUUCUCCCCAACCUACUCAGCCAGGAGUUUCUCCCCAACCUACUCAGCCAGGAGUUUUUCCCCAACCUACUCAGCCAGGAGUUUUUCCCCAACCUACUCAGCCAGGAGUUUCUCCCCAACCUACUCAGCCAGGAGUUUCUCCCCAACCUACUCAGCCAGGAGUUUUUCCCCAAUCUACUCAGCCAGGUGUUUCUCCCCAACCUACUCAGCCAGGAGUAGACCCACAGUGUACUUCCACAACAUACUCAAGAGGGUAAAUAUCCACAUGCUGUUAAUAAAUAGCAAAAGAACGAUAGUAUUUAUCCUAGCACUAUCAAAAUUAAAAGUCUUAAAGGUU